AUGAUGUUGAUAAGAUUUUUGGCAGUCUAUUUCAUGGCAAUUGUCUUUGGUGCCCAGGUGAAUGCUAAGACACACACUUGGUACUUUAAGACAACGUGGGUAGAUGCUAAUCCUGAUGGAACUCUCGAAAGGAAAGUUAUUGGUUUCAAUAACUCAUGGCCAUUGCCGACAUUGAGAGUGCAAGCUGGUGACCGCGUAAACUUAUAUUUGAUAAAUGGCUUCGAAGACCGUAAUACUACGUUGCAUUUCCAUGGUCUCUUCCAAAAUGGUACAGGUCAGAUGGAUGGUCCUGAGAUGAUAACUCAGUGUCCAAUUCCUCCUGGAGAGACAUUCUUGUAUAAUUUCACAGUUGGAGAUCAAGUUGGUACUUACUGGUACCACUCUCAUACAAAAGGACAAUACCAAGACGGUAUGAGGGCUCCCUUUAUCAUUGAAGAGAAAAAGAAAUCUGAUUACCCCUUUGAUUUUGACGAAGAAUUAGUUUUGCCUAUUGGUGAGUGGUACCAUGACCAUUCCGAUAAGUUAUUCCCAACUUUCUUGAGUCUUUACAAUCCUACAGGUGCAGAACCAAUUCCUCAAAAUACUUUAUUCAACGAUACUAGAAACAACAGUAUGUAUGUCGAGCCCGAUAAGACGUACUUUGUUAGAAUAGUUAAUGUUGGUGGUUUUGUUUCUCAAUAUUUGUAUAUGGAGGAUCAUGAAUUCGAAGUUGUUGAAGUUGAUGGUAUCUACGUGAAGCCGAACAAGACAAGUAUGAUUUAUAUCACAGUAGCUCAAAGAUAUGGUGUUUUAAUCAAAACCAAGAGUGACACAAGUAAAAACUAUGCUUUCAUGAAUAAGAUUGACGACACUAUGUUGGAUGUUAUUCCUGAUGACUUGAUUUUGAAUUCAACGAACUAUAUUGUUUAUGAUGAAUCUAAUGAUAAGCCAGAUGAGUACACGGUUGAUGCGUUAGAUUACUUGGACGACUUUUUCUUGGAACCUGUUGAAAAAGUUGAAUUGUACGACGAUGCUGAUCAAACAAUAACUGUGGAUGUUAUUAUGGAUAACUUGGACAAUGGUAUUAACUAUGCCUUCUUUAAUAACAUUACGUAUACCGCGCCUAAAGUACCAGUAUUGCUUACUGCAUUAAGUGCUGGAAAGGAAGCAACGAAUUCGUUGGUUUAUGGAACAAAUACCCACUCAUUUGUGUUACAAGGCGAUGAGACCAUUGACAUAGUUGUUAACAAUCAAGAUACUGGUAAGCAUCCUUUCCAUUUGCAUGGACACGUUUUCCAAGUCAUCGAGAGACAUGAAGAAGUCCCAGAUACUGAAUCACCUGUUGGCUUCAACAAGUCAGAUCAUGCAGAAUGGCCUGAAUAUCCAGUACGUAGAGAUACUGUUUAUGUCCAGCCUCAGUCUUAUAUGGUCCUUAGGUUUAAAGCAGAUAACCCUGGUGUUUGGUUUUUCCAUUGUCACAUUGAGUGGCAUUUGGAGCAAGGUCUUGCAUUGGUUUUGGUUGAAGAUCCUAUUGCAAUCCAAGAAAAUUCUGAGCAACAGCUCACUGAGAGUUCUAAGAACGCCUGUAAGAAAAAUGGAAUUAGUAUUGAAGGUAACGCAGCAGGAAAUUCUAAGGACUACUUAGAUUUGACUGGCCAAAAUGUUCAAGUAAAGGCAUUACCUGCUGGAUUCACAGCUAGAGGUAUUGUUGCGUUGGUUUUCUCGUGUAUUGCUGCCGUCUUAGGUUUAGUGGCUAUUGCUAUAUAUGGUUUGGCCGAUAUUAAAGAUGUUGAGGCAAGAGUUGCUAGAGACUUGGACGUUGAAGAUGUAAUCAAUAACGAAGAUGACACCAACGAAGAUAUUCACGAAGAAUCGGAAAUCCUUCCAAGUUCCAGCGGUAAACAAUAA